CAGUUUGAUACCUAAAUUGAGUUCUAUCUUACCUGAUAUCUUCCCAGGAAUGAGCGGGGGAGGAGGGUUUCAUUACCCAAUAUGAAACAUGAUUUCACGGCAUCAUACCAUACCAGUGAUUCUCUGCGCCGUAGAAGACAGCUGACGUUGUUCUCAAGUCUGGAUUAUUUCAUCUUCAAAUCUUUGAUUUCUUCAAAGGCAUGUGUUUGUCUAGUAACUACCCCCUAAAUCGUAGCAUGUUAAUUUAAAUUUCGUUGAGGCUUGAGAAACGGCAGCCAAAGUAUGAAAAUUACCGAUAACAACCGUCGCCCACUUUCUUCAUUCUGGGUUAAUAUCUCUGUUCGAAAUGAAGCUCAUCACUGUCAACUUCCUGACCUGUGCUGUGAAGGGGUGCAAAACAGCAGCAGCAUCAUAUCCGCUGCAUUUUCGAGAUGCUGAAUUAGAAUUGCAGGAACUGGAGUUCCAGCCAGAGUUCAUACUCAAUAUUAUUCCCCGGAUUGAUUGGGAAGCGCUGCGAGUCAUGGCAAAUGAGCUCGGUUUUCCCAAAAUCCCAGACACUAAGCCGGAAGGCGAUGCGCUUAAUGAUGAGCAGCUUCUAAAGGAACUCCACAGGCUCUUGUUAGAAACACAGGUUGUUGAAGGAAGAUUGUGUUGCGGAAAUUGCGGCCAUGAAUAUAUGAUCAAGGAAGGAAUCGCUAACUUUCUUCUUCCCAGUCAUUUGGGUCUGAUAUUCCUUUCCGUUAAACUUGUCCUUGACUUUGCUGACCACGCGCAGUCUAACUAUACGAAGGUGUGAGUUCAAGUGAGUCCGGUCACUGGAACCCGAGAUGCCUGUCCAGGAAUCUGUUGGUCUCUUAUUGACAAAAAAUAUUUGUGACCUUCCGUCA